AGCUUCAUCUGAUGUUCUCCCUCAUGGACAAAGUGCCGAGCGGCAUCGAGCCCAUGCUGAAGGACCUGGAGGAGCACAUCAUGAGUGCCGGCCUGGCCGACAUGGUGGCAACAGCAGAGACGAUCACUUCUGACUCAGAGAAAUAUGUCGAGCAGCUGCUUACCUUGUUUAACCGCUUCAGCCGACUGGUGAAAGAGGCUUUUCAGGACGACCCUCGCUUCCUGACAGCUCGAGACAAAGCGUAUAAAGCUGUUGUGAAUGAUGCAACUAUAUUUAAAUUAGAACUUCCUAUGAAGCAGAAAGG